GUUGCAGCUUACACCUGAUUCCUAGACAGGCAAGACGGGUCUUGGCGGCGCUGGCAUGGAAGGAGGUGUAGAGGAGUCUCUGCAUCGCUCCCCCGGGCAGUCGGAGAGAGAACGGCUCGUUUAGCUAGUGCCUUCCUUCCCUCGCAUGUCUGUGGAACCUGGCUCCUCUCUUCAUCUGGUAGCCACCUGUGUCCUGCCAGCCCGCUCCCCACCCCCACGCAUCUUACGUCAUAUCUCUGGAGCAAGAUGCUUGGAAAUUGCAGUGCCUUCUUCUUCCAUAGGCUUCCAGGAAAUGGGCUGCUAAGGAUUUCUUGAGAUCAAGUCAUUUUUAAGAAGUGCGUCUCUUGAAGACCUCUUUGGGCAUGGAUUCAGAGUCCUGUACCCGAGCCUUCUCCCAGGCCCGAGUGUAUCUUGAGCACAUUCGAAACCGGGUUGCAACCGGAGGCGUUGAUGUCCAUGGGACUGGGAAGCGGGACUACCUUGUGGAUGCAGCUAAGCAGAUCCGUUUGGCUUUGGAGCGAGAUGUGAGCGAGGACUACGAAGAGGCAUUCAACCACUACAAAAAUGGCGUGGAUGUGUUGCUCAACGGGGUUCAGGUUGACCCGAAUAAGGAGCGCCGUGAAGCUGUGAAGCGGAAGAUCACCCAGUAUUUGAAACGUGCAGAGGAGAUCUUCAAUUGCCACCUGCAGCGGACUCUGGGGAAUGGAAGUUCCACUGAAACGGGUUACAGCAGCCUUCGCUUUUGGCCAAUUAGGACACUCAGUACGCCCGUGGAGAACCUGAGGCGCUGUAAAGUUGUGGGAAUAAUUGAUAAGGUGCAGAUAGUACAGGACUCAACUACUGGAGGAACCUUUAUACUGAAGAGCCUCCCCAAAUCCCAUGUGGAGACCCGUGAAAGACAGACAAUAAUCCCACAUGGAGUCCCCUUCAUGGCUGAAUUGUUGCGCUACUAUGUCAGUGAGGACUCCAUCUUCCUCCACUUGGAGCAUGUGAAAGGGGGGACCCUCUGGUCCCAUCUUUGCUCACAACCUCACUUUCAGCUCAAACCCACCCAUUGCUCCAAUACAUUGAGUCCUAAGAUCAGCUUGGCUCUGGGGCACACAAAAGAGGAAAGGCUCCUUCGAAACCCACAACAUCCUGUGCCUAGGCAGAGCUGCAACGUCCAUCCUGAGAGCAGUGACAACCAGAUCCCAACUUGUGUAAAUCAUCACCUGUUGAAAAGUGCUACCCAAUCAUUGCCAUGGAAGCAAUCACCUGACUGCAUGCACACGAGAGAAGUGACUGACUGCAGCUGGCGACCUGGUGUUGGCCCACAGGGAGUUACUGGAGGCAAGGAUUCAUGCGUGUCAUACUCUGGUGCUACAGAAUCUAGAUUCAAACCAGCAAAUCAGGGGUGCAGCCACUUGGUCAACCAGGGUCUCAGUUUCCAGUCACAUGACUCAUUGACCACAGUCGAUGAUAUCCACAGCACAAGUGAGAAAGACACCUCUCAGCAGGAACCAAAACUACAAACGGGUGAGAGAUUUAGCCCAUCUUCUACUCCUUUCCUGAAGGCAGCAAGAGCAUGCAACGUGUCAAAAACAGAAGCUCUGGAUUGCCAAAAGCCUAGGCUUGCACGUUCCCCACCAGCUCUCCCAGGUCAAAGGCAGAUGGAUCCAGGAACUCAUCCGCAGAGCUGCUGCAGUCAGGAGAACCAAAGGAGUAUGGCAAAAAUGAGAGAAGAGAGGCACCUUGUGCAAGAAGAGUCAGUUCUUGAUCGUAAACAGCACAAAAACCAGCCAUCACCAGAACAGCGUGGGUCUCCAGCUCACUGGGCUUCCCAAAGGAAUGUCCUUGGAGCCUGGGACAUAAAUGAGGACCAGAUCCGACUCUGGGCAGCAGAACUGCUCUUGGCUUUGGAGGGUCUCCACCAACAGGGAGUACUUUGUCGGGAUCUCAACCCACGAAACCUGCUACUUGAUGCUGCUGGUCACAUCCGUCUCACAUUCUUUGGCCAGUGGACUGAGGUAGAGCCACCGUGUUGGAGCCAAGCCUUGGAAGAUUUGUACAGUGCUCCAGAAGUGGGCAGCAUUUUUGAGCUGACAGAAGCCUGUGAUUGGUGGAGCUUUGGGGCAUUGCUCUAUGAGUUAUUGAUUGGAAUGUCGUUAUCCCAGAAUCAUCCCUCAGGGAUUCAUCCUCACACCCAGCUGCACCUUCCAGACAGGCUUAGCCAGGCUGCAUCAUCCCUGCUGUCAGAGCUGCUACAGUAUGAUCCCAAGCAACGUUUGGGUUCUGGAGGAGAUGGAGUGAAAAGGAUCAAGUCUCACCCGUUCUUCAGUACCAUCCAGUGGCACAAGCUGGCUUCAAACUAAGAACAGCGCAAGAGAUACAGCCAGAGUGCAAUACCUGACAACCUACCUACAUCCCUGCCAGGGGGUGACCAAAGCCCUUCCAGAAGUACCUUUGUCCGUGUAAGAGGUUUCCUGGGCCUUGUGAUCCUAUGUGGUGCUAGCAGUGCUGUUGCUCAGGGGGAAAUCCACAGAGCUGGGCGAGGGCCCAGGCUUUCAGGCUCGAGGUGCUCCAAUUCCACCCAUUAGCUGCUCCUAGAAUCCUAGCCGUAAUUGAGCUUUAUGAGGAUCCGAUAAGCUGUUGUAUAACUUCAAUUCUCAUCAUCCCCAACCACAACAAAUUGUGGCUCAACAGCUGUAGUUCAACAGCUGGAGGACCAGGUUUGUCCAUCCCUGCUCUAAGGCAUGAAACAUGCAAGACCAAUUAUAGGGUCCCUUGUUGGUGUUCCUACAGAUAGAGGGACUCAUGACUAGCAUAAUCUUCUAUAAGAUGGAAGGAUGGGGCAAUUUUCACAUCCCUCCCCUCCCUCCAGAAGUCUUGUCCACUUCUAUAAAUAUGCUCCUGAAGGUUGGUCAGCCCUCAAACAUAUUUAUACAAGCAAAAAGGGCUUUUGGAGGGAGGGGAGAGAUGUGAAAAUCACUCCUGCAAUCCCCUCCAUGCCCAGUCUGCUACAGAAAGCAGCCCUCAGGGCAGGGACACUUGGGUUGCUCUGGAUGUCAGUCAGGGUCUAAUCUCCUCAGGGAGGAGAGCUGGUCUUGUGGUAGCUAGCAUGACUUGUCCCCUUUGCUAAGCAGGGUCCACCCUGGUUGCAUAUGAAUGGGAGACUAGAAGUGUGAGCACUGCAAGUUAUUCCCCUUGGGAUGGAAGCACUCUGGGAAGAGCAUCUAGGUUCCAAGUUCCCUCCCUGAAUUCUCCAAGAUAGGGCUGAGAAAGAUUCCUGCUUGAAACCUUGGAGAAGCUGCUACCAGUCUGUGUAGACAAUACUGAGCUAGAUAGACCAAUGGUCUGACCCGGUAUAUGGCAGCUUCCUAUGUACUUGUUUACUCCCUUGGCUCUUCAACUUACUUUCCCACAGAUUCAGUCUCUACUACUUCUCCAUGAAUGACCUUAGAACAGGCCCACUCAAUUUAGACCCCCCCCAGCUGUUUUUUAAUUACAGCACCCAUAAUCCCCAGUCACAGUAGCCAACAGCCAGGGAUUAUGGAAAUUGUAGGCCAGCAUCUGCAGAAGGGUGGGAGUUGAGUAGCCGAAGGCUUAUCUAGUCCAGUAUCCUGUUUCCUACAGUGGCCCACCAGAUGCCUCUGAGAAGCCCACAGGCAUGAGAUGAGGGUACACUUCCCUCUCUCUCCUGCUUUUGCUCCCCUGCAACUGAUAUUCAGAGGCAUCUUGCCUCUGAGGCUGGAGGAGGUGGCCUAUAGCCACCAGACCUGAAGCCACUGAUGGACCUGUCCUCCAUGAAUUUGUCCAAGCCCCUUUUAAAGCCAUCCAAGCUAGUGGCAAUCACUUCACCCUGUGGCAGAGAAUUCUGUGGAUUAUGUACUGUGUGAAAAAGUACUUCCUUUUGUGGGUCCUAAAUUUCCCAGCCUUCAAGUUUCAUGGCAUGACCCCUGGAUCUAGUAUUGUGAGAGAGGGAGAAAAAUUUCUGUCCACUCUCUACUUCAUGCAUAUAUUUAUACACCUAUGACUGUCUGCAGUCACCUCUUUUCCAAACUAAAGAGCCCCAGAUGCUGUAGCCUUGGCUCAUAAAGAAGGUUCUUCAGGCCCCUGAUCAUCGUGGUGGCCGCCUUCUGCAGCUUUUCUAGACCAGAACUGUACACAGUACUCCAAAUGUGGCCACACCAUAGACUUGUAUAAGGCAAUCGUUAACUUUUUAAUUUUCAAUCCCCUUCCUAAUGAUCCCUAGCAUGGAACUGGCCUUUUUCACAGCUGCCGCACACUGAGUCAACACUUUCAACAAGCUGCUGUACAAUGUUGACCUGUCCCAGCUUAUUAGUGCAUUUCUGCUGAAGUACCACUAGGUGGAAUUCUGAAGUAUUUUGCCACUUGCAUGAGCAACAUCCAAGUUUGGCUUCUGCAGAAUUGAGAUGAGCUAUUACUCAAGAGGUGAGCAAAAGGCUCUUCUUGUGACCUCUCUGUGGAUCUUCCGUAUUUUGUGUCUGAACAUUUAAAAAUCAAUAAAAGAAUCACAGCACCA